AUGACUGGUCCGACCCACCGACGUCGAUCCUCCAUCUCGGGGCAAAUCCAGCGAAUCUUCAACGUCGAUCGCUCGGAUAAGCGCCGGAACCCUCAUGAUAAUGGCUUGUCUGAUGAGCUCUCUCAGCUGAAAAAUGAAAACGAGCAGGCGCCCGGUCAGACACCCGUGCAAUUGGGUCAGGAUGAAACUAGACCCAGCUCCUACACUUAUUCUCAAAACUCUAGGCUACCAUCCACAGGCACUUCUCAUUCAACUCCCCCGUUCCAACCGGUGAUGGCUGUGAACACCAUGUCACUGCAGACUUCCGGGAUUCAAGAUAGUACUCCGCAAGAGAUCGGAACCUCUGGCGCAUGGGAAACUGCGCGUAAAGAGAGACGUGCUACCAAGCGACUCGAGGCGGAAAGGACAGAGCUCGAACAGCGUCUCCAGAGACUCGAAGAGGCUCAGGCCCGACAGGACCAUGGCAUCUUCGAUCGAUCCCACAGCCGGUUGACCAAGAAGCAGCCACUGGAUAGCACUGCAGUUCGGUCGUCCAGUACCGAUGGAGAAGGAAGAAGAGGAAGGUCUUCAAGCGUCUUCUCCGGGAUCUUCUCGAGAUCAAGACGAUCAUCUCGAUCGAGUUCCAAAGACUCAGAGUCUCAUCGUCAAUCAAGUGAAACCCCACCGACACUGCCAUUGGCUCUUCCAGAACGCUUCGGCACCGCGGUAUCGAGGGAGUUGGCGACUCACCAUGGAACUACACUGGUUCCUUCUCAUCAGUUAGAAGGCACGGCUCGUGCCCGCCAUUCUCUUCACACGGCACCCAAAUCCGAUGACCUAAGAGAGAAUUGGAGAAUGGCCGAAGCCUGGCAGAGAAAUAGUGGAGCCCAUGACUUUGACAGUACAAGAGGUUCUGUCUACAAACCAGAGCUCACUGGCCAGCCUGCACCUGACAGCCUUGCCCGCCAGGAUGAACCUCAACAGCCCAGCCAAGCGAAGCUUUUGGCAGAUCUUGACCGCGACUUGUUUACUGCGACUCUCAGGCAUGACGGUAAGUCCGUUGGGACCCGGCCAUUUUCUGCUUCUAGCCCGUAUGCUCAUACAUCAUCGCGUCCUAUCGAUCUCUCGACAAGGGGCUGGGGGCAAAGCAAAAACUACCUCGAGGUUCCUGAUACCAUGUCAACCAGGGUCACUACGGCACGUCAGCUCCACGAUCUUACGCCAUCGGGGCAUAUCCAACGCUCCUUUAAGACGUUUGGAUCCUCUAUUUCAAUGCCGGCAAUCACGAAAAACAAACAUCGCAAGAAGAAUGGAAUGCCUGCCGGGUCGCAAACGACCCCAAGCUCUUUCAAGUCCUCGCCCCUCUCAUCGAAUUCAUUCACAUCUAAUGGCCCUGAGCAAGAGGGAAAAAGUGGAAUUGCAGGGGGCUCAAUUUCCCAGAAUCCAGACCCAUCUAUCAUUCCAUUGCCAUUGCGAAUCCAAGUGUCACAACAGCAUGAGCCAAGAGGUCGAAAGUCGGCUUCUGAGCCUACAUCGGCAAAAGCGCAGAGCCAUCCUAAAGAUAGCCUUCGACAGUCAUUUCAAGGGCCGGUAUCGUCAUUCGUGAACGGCCGCCAACAGGAGAGCCGGCGCUCGGGACAAUCAACAACGGUAUCUGGUACAAUGCCAGCAGAAGUCCCCAAAGAAACCAAGCAAUCCCGCAAUGAUAGACCUCCCCUUCCGAUCAAGCAUGCAGACAGAACUGGUUCUCUCAGUAACAACUCUCCACCGCGGGCAAACACUGAGAGCCAGAAAGGAUCUGGCGUCACAGCAGAUGCACCGGCCAAUUUUUCCGAGCCUAGUGCACUGGACCAGUCCAACACUGAAAAUGCUCCCUCAAUCAAAUCCGUGCUGAGAUGUAGGAACCCAUCGCCCAGCCGGACACCAUCGCAAAGUUCCUCGCAAGCAAGCUACGAUACAGCCGAUGAAGAAGUACUCGACGUUACUAAAGCUCUUGUUAAGAACGAUAAAGCCAUGGCCCAACAUGAUGAGACCCCUAAGAACGAGGUCCCAAUCGUGCAAGAGCUGCUUUCCAGUGAUAUCAUCUUACAAAACGAAGCUACUCAGGCUGAUUCCUCUGCCGUGGUACGAGAGGUAUCUGAGCGAAGGAUGAAGGCGCCAGCAGAACAACACAUUGCCAAAUUAUUUGUCAUUUGCUGCCAUUGCAAGUACUGGCACGACAUGCCAUCGGAGGUAUAUGCCAGGCUCGUAGGCCCUGAACGAGUGUCCUCCGAGACCAUCCUAUCACGAACCUUCUCUCGCCAAAGCUCAGGCGGUCGUAAAGCCUCUCUAAGAAAUUCGCUGCUGUCUUCAAAUCUAUCUGAUUCUCGACGACUGUUAGCUAUUGAACGAAAACAUAAGAACAAAAAUAAGCAGUCUGGUCGUGAGACCCAAGCAGCGACCGAGAGUCCCUUGAGACCACCCUCGUGCUGUUGGUGUGGACAUAACAUGAACAAGAACUGCUGCCAGGGAUGGACUACACUCGUUCAGAUGGGCGAGAGACAUUAUUAA